UGCGGGGUGACCAGUACAGACGUAGCGUUGAAGAUGGAGCUCCUGUAGCCGUAGGUGGAGGGAAUGUUUAGUGAUAAGGUGGAGUUUCUGUGAUUGUAGUUAGUGGGAAUCUUCGGUGAUAAAGCGGAGAAACAGGACAAAAAUGCUCCCGAGUGCUGAGCUGGAGGAAGACCUGCAAACAGCGGAAAAAACUGACCUCAGCAAAGAGGAGGAUCCAGGAGGAGAAAAGUCCCAGCAUUCUAGGUUUCUGUCAGCCGGCACCGCACGUAAAACACAGGGACACGACCGACAGGACUCUGAGUCUUUGGACCGGUGCAUCCAGUCGGCUCUGGCAGCCCUCUAUCCGCCCUUCCAAGCCACAUCCCCGACUGUCCUCUGUCAGGUCCUCAGUGUUGUGGAGCGCUGUUACCGAGGAGACGGUCUCCACUACCUGCUCCACUUCCUGCUGCCCGCAAAGCAGUUCUUACAGACCCUCCAGCAGGAUGCCUGUCUGCAGUACUGUGGUUUGCUGUUUCGUCAUGAAGGCUGGCCUUUGUGCAUCCAUGAGAAGGUAGUCGUUCAGCUCUGCCAUCUGGACCCACGCCUCCUCCGUCCAGGAGACUUCUACCUGCUGGUUUCUCCUGCCGCGGCCCCACCCCCUCCUCGAGCACGCAGGUCAUCCUGCAGGGGCGGCGUCCCGUUGAGACCUCGCCUGCUCCUGUGCGGCGUGUCGACCACCAGCCAUCAUGUGGAGCAGCAGGAGGUGCCUGACGUAGCCCUGCAGUCUCUCUUCAGCAUGGCCUGGCUGGACUCUGUCAACAGGGAGAGAGAGCAACGAGGAGCAUCCAGGCUGGAGCGUUGCCUCCUCUCCGCCCACGGAGACGUCUUCAGGGUCCCCUGGGAGGACCUGGUCUACCCACAGUUCAUCAGUCGGCCCUGUGCUACUCCAAAGGAAGACCAGGAGUCUUCUGUUAAGGACAGAGAUGUCUUAAUCAAGACAUCCUGUAAUCACAGCGGAGAUACAGCCUCCUCAAGUCAGGAUGGGAAGCCCCUCCCAUCCUCGCCUAAAACCGACCAAUCACCAGCAAACAGCGAGGGCGAGGACUCAGAGGGGGAGUACGUAGAACUGACGGAGCUCCCACUGCCUCGCUUCUCCCCACAGAAAGGCUCCUUGACCCAGUCCAUCAGCCUGCAGCACAGAGCCAGGACAAGUACGCACACACUGCCUGCUGCUACUGCGUACACACCUCAAACCACCAACACACACUGUGCUGCUUCCACACACACUUCCAACACCGCCCACGCACACACCGACUCCGCACAGGCCUGUGGGGACGCCACCUGUAUGGAGGAGAACCACUGUGGACCUGCAGUCCUGACCCCCUCCUCCUCCUCUGCCCCUCCUGAAGUCAGAGGAGCCUUCAGCUGUCAGUCGGAACAUACAGAAGGUACUGACACAGGUACGAGUCUGAACUCUGAACCUGAAACCUGCACAGAAAGGAGAGAGGAGGAGGAGAAAGGGGAGGAGCAAAGGAAAGAUGAGGAGAAGCGCGAUCUGGUGGAAAGGAAACAGGAAACUGUAAUGUCAGUUUGUGAGGAAGAAGAGGAGGUGCAGCAGGAGGCAAAGUUUCAAAGGGAUGAGGAGGAAGAUGAACGUGAAGACACAGAGGGAGACGGAGAAGAGUUGGAUGAAGAUGGAGAUGAUGAGUUAGAAGAAGGACCAGAGGAAGUUGAGGUUGAGGAGGAGAUUCAGGUUAUGAUUGUGCAGCAAAGUAAAGAAAGGAAUGAGGAAGAGGAAAUGAUGAAAGAACAUGGAAAAGAAGGAGAGAGAGAAGAAGAGAGGGGAUGUGGAGAGGUGCACAUGGAUAAAGACUCUUAUUCUGAAAGUAGCACAAAACAAAAUCAAUCGGAGGACGUUUAUUUUGAAAAUAACACACAACAUGCACACACAAUUGACUCUUAUUCUGAAAGCAAAGUCACAGAAACAAACUUUAAGGAAUCUUAUUCUGAAAAUAACACUCAAUGGACUCACUGGGAGGGCUCUUAUUCUGAAAACAUCAAACAAGUAGACUCUAAAACCUCGUAUUCUGAAAAUGACACACAGCAAUCACACUCCAGUGACUCUUAUUUUGAAAAUAGCCAGCCACAAACACACACUGACUCUUCCUCUGAAAGCAACAUGAAAGAGGCAGACACUGAGGACUCUUAUUCUGAAAACACAGCACCAGAAACACACUUUAUGCACUCUUAUUCUGAAAACAUAAAACAAGUAGACUCUGAAACCUUGUGUUCUGAAAAUGACACACAUCAAUUACAAUCCAGUGACUCUUAUUUUGAAAAUAGCCAGCCAGAGCUACAUUGGGAGGACUGUUGUCCUGAAAUUACCAAACCACUACACACUAAGGACUCUUAUUCUGGAAGCAUUACAAAAGAGGCAGACACUAAGGACUCUUGUUCUGAAAAUGCAGCAUCAGAAACACACUCCAUGGACUCUUACUCUGAAAGCAAAUCUACAGAGUUACAUUGUGAGGAUUGUUAUCCGGAAAAUACCAAACAGCCAUCACAUACAGAGGACUCUUAUUCUGAAAACACGGCACCAGAAACACACUCCAUUGACUUUUCCUCUGAAAGCAGCAUGAAAGAGGCAGACACUGAGGACUCUUAUUCUGAAAGCAUAGCUACAGACCCACAUUGUGAAAAUGCCAAACAGCUACUACACACCGAGGACUCUUAUUCUGAAAACACAGCAAGAGAAGCACAGUCUGACUCUUAUUCUGAAAAUAAGACUAAACACACACAUUGCAGUGACUUGAGCUCUGAACAUAAAAAACAAGAGACACACAAUGAUGACUCUUAUUGUGAAAGCAACACAAAAGGGGCAGACACUGAGGACUCUUAUUCUGAAGACACAGCACCAGAAACACACUGUGAGGGCUCUUACUCAGAAAAUAAUAAACAGCAACCACUCACAGAGCGCUGUUGUUUUGAAAAAACAGCAACCUAUUACCAGGACUCUUAUUCUGAAAAUCACAGUCAGUCACACACUGAGGACUCUGAAAACAACAUAAAAGAGACUGUCUCUGAGGGCUCUUAUUCUGGAAACACAACACCAAAAGCGGACUCCAAGGACUCUUAUUCUGAAAAACACAUGCAGCACACAUGUUCUGAAGAGUGCGGCACAGGACUCAAGCAGCCCGAGGGUUCGUUUUCUGAAAACAACACACAGCUAACACACCAUGAGGUCUCUUAUUGUGAAACCAGCACACUGCAGAUACACCCAGGGGACUUUUAUUCUGAAAAGGAAACACAACCUGAGAGCUCUUCUUCUGAAAAUAAUACAAUAGACACUCACUUAGCAAACACAUAUUCUGAAAGAACACUACUACCUGACCCUGCGGACUCUUAUUCUGAAAGCAGCACACUUCAGGGACCCACAGAGGAGUCGGAUCAAUCCAGUACUGGACAGAGUAACUCAGAGGAGUGUAAAAUACUGCAGAGUGUCUCCUCACCAACAACACAUCCAAACUUACUUCAGACCGAACCUGAGGAGUCCAACGGUGGACAGGAAAUCCAAAAGGAGGAGGCAAAGGAGCGCAGCUGUGAGGAGGUUUCUGGAGCUUCAGAGCAUCACACUGAAGGCCUCUGCAGUGAGCCGCCUCCUGCCCAAUCACAGGUCAGUCUGACUGCUGGUUCCAGUCCACCAGAACAACGAGUAGCUGCUCCACAGCCGAACCUACCUGCUCCUCGUGCAGUCCCAGUGCAGCUCACCCAGUCCUCCCAGUUCAGAUUCUACAGUGUGCUGCUGAGGUCCGGAGCUGUUUGUUUGCCUGGAACCAGAGACAGGGGUGGGCGAGCUCUGCUGACCGUCUCCACCACGAGCCCCGUGUGGUCGUACCCGUACUGCGACAGCGCCGAGCUGCUCCGCCUCCUGCUCUACUACACUUCCACCCUCAGGAAGGAGGUGCUAGCACUGGGGCUGACUGUGCUGGUGGAUGCCCGUGGAGCUGCUCCCUCCCCCGCCCUGUUCUCCGCCCUCAGGUCGCUGCAGGAGGACACACCAGGCUCCAUCCAUGCAGUUUUAAUCCUGACUAACAAGGACUCAUCUCUGCGUGUGGACAAACCUGCAGCUACACAGGUGGAGGUGCUGAGCUCUCUGAAGUCUGUUCAGAAACACGUGGAGCUCCGACAGCUUCCUGUGGAGUUCGGAGGAUCCUUCAGCUUCAGCCAGAGCGGCUGGAUCAGCUUCAGAUCGAGACUGGAGCAGCUGAGCCGUCAGUGUGAGGACGUCAUCAUCCUGCUGCAGAAGAACAUCGACUCCCUGCAGUCCACCCCUUUACCGCCCACUGCCGAGGAUGCAGAGCUGCUGCUGUCCCGGUACAAAGCAGUGAUGUGCAGCAUCCUCGCGGACAGCCGAUUGGUCCAGCUGCAGCAGGAGGGCGGCGCCUCUCUGUCAUGGCUGCGCAGGGAGGAGAGCAGCGUCGCCGCGGCGGUGGACCAGCGGGCGGCGUUGGAGACGGUGUCGGCUCUGUACGAGCAGGUGGACGAGCUGCUCCACCGCCUGGUGAUGCUGUCCAACUCCAAAACGCAGGAGCUGAACUUCAUCGUGGACUUCAGGAACCUGGAGCAGGGCUUCCGUGAGGUGAAGACGUGGCUGCAGGAGGUCGGUGAAGUUCGUCUGAAGAGUCUGGAAGAACCAGAAGAUUCUCUGGAGCUUCUGAACCAAAAGCAGCAGGACUACAAGGACUUCUGCACAACGGCAUAUGAACAGUGUGAACGAGGUAAGGAGCUGCUCUCUCGUCUGGAGCGCUGGGACGACGUGUCAUCUGCUGACCUCCACGUCUACGAGGACAAAGUUCACUCCUUCUGGGCUCAGCUGCAGGAUUUCACUCAGAGGGUCAGCAGCACCGGGCAGCACAUCGAGCGGGCCGUCCAGCUCUACCGCUUCUUGGAUCAGGCCUAUGGCUGGGCGCUGCAGGGUAUGCGUCACCUAGGUGGGAUCAGUAUGGAGGACUGCACACUUCCAGACAAAUGCCAGGCUGUGAUUGGCUGCUUGGAGGACUACCAGCGUCAACACCCACCGAUCCCAGACGCCCGUUUUCAGGAGAUGAAGGUGGCGGCGGGUGAGCUGCGGGGCGAGCGAGGCCUCUGUCAGUGGAGCUUUGCUUGGUCCAAGUGUCAGGAGACCAAGAAGAUGUUUGACAGGAAGAUGGAGGCAGCGCUCAAGACACGAGACUCCGCCCACAGGCGCCGUUCUGACUCUGUCACCAGCAGGAGCUCCGUCUCCUCCCGGAAAUCUCUGUCAGGAUUCUGGGGGAUCCGUGACACCUCCUCAUCCUCCUCCUUCCUACCAGAGGAAAAAAGAAACUCCUCCUCACCCCCUCGUAGCACCUCCUUAGUGCUCCCCAUCACCUCCACCCCUGCUCCCUCCGCCUCCCCUCCCACCCCCCAGCACACGCCGCUCUUCCGACGGCUGUUUCGCAGCUCCUCCUCAGAUGAGUCCUCUGACCGUGUGGAUUUCACCUCCUGCAGUCCCAGAAGCCGCCUGGAUUCUUCCCCCUGCUUCACCCUAUCUUCUUCUACCUUCUCUAUCUCCUCCUCCUCCUCAUCCUGCAGACGGCAGCAGCUCAGAAAGACUCAAAGCUUCGACUGCCCCGCCACCCCCGAGACGUCGCGGUACAGCCCGUCUGCUCGCGCCCGCAGCGAGCCGGCGCGCAGAGGAAACACGGGCGUAUUCAUCCGUGGCCUGGAGGGCAGCAGCACCGAGGCAGCGGACCGCACGCUCUGCCCCAGGACGCCUUCCCACAGCUGGGCGGGACAGGGGCCGCAUUGUCCCGGGACACCCAGCACCCCCUCAGUGGACUCCCGACCCAGGGGCAGUAAGCUGCGUCACAUCGUGGAGGAGAUGGUGAACACUGAGCGUGAGUACGUCCGCUCGCUGCGUUACAUCAUCCAUCACUACUUCCCUGAGAUGGAUCGAGGAGACCUCCCUCAGGACCUGAGGGGGAAGCGCUCCGUCGUCUUCGGCAACCUGGAGAAACUCCUCGACUUCCACAACCAGUUCUUCCUGAAGGAGCUGGAGGCCUGCUCGAAGCACCCGCUCAGAGUGCCGCACUGCUUCCUCAGACAUCAGGAGCAGUUCGGUCUGUACGCUCUCUACAGCAAGAACAAACCCAAGUCUGACGCUCUGCUGGCGAACCACGGACACUCCUUCUUCAGGAGGAAGCAGCUGGAGCUGGGAGAUAAGAUGGACCUUUCCUCCUACCUGCUGAAGCCCGUUCAGAGGAUGAGCAAAUACGCGCUGCUCCUCACUGACCUCAUGAAGGAGGUGGGCGUGGCUCAGGAGGCGGAGCUUGCUACGCUGCAGAGAGCCACCAACAUGGUCAAGUUCCAGCUUCGCCACGGAAACGACCUGCUGGCCAUGGACGCCAUCCGAGACUGUGAUGUGAACCUGAAGGAGCAGGGUCAGCUGAUCCGGCAGGACGAGUUCACCGUGUGGAGCGGGAGGAGGAAAUGUCAGCGUCGCAUCUUCCUGUUCGACGAGCUCGUCCUCUUCAGCAAACCUAAGAAGAUGGAGGGAGGCCUGGACGUCUUCAUCUACAAACACUCCUUCAAGACGGCCGAUGUUGGGCUGACGGAGUCGGCGGGGAACAGCGAGCUGAGGUUUGAGAUCUGGUUCAGGAGGAGGACGUCCAAGAAUCAGACCUUCAUCCUUCAGGCGACCACAGCAGACAUAAAACACGCCUGGACCAAGGACAUCGCCCAAAUCCUGUGGACCCAGGCCACGAGGAACAAAGAGAUGCGUCUGAAGGAGAUGGUGUCGAUGGGCGUGGGGAACAAACCGUAUCUGGACAUCCAGCCGAGCGACGCAGCCAUCAGCGACCGAGCGGUUCAUUACAUCAUGAAGAGCAGAGGUGCCAGGACACGAGCGUCCAUCGCCGUGUCCGUCUUCGACCACUCCAAUCCUUUUAAACAAGGAGCGGUGAACUCUGACCCCACAGCAUCGGGCCCGUCUUCAAGCAGCCUGCUGGGACCGCUCAACCUGCACAUGUACAGUCAGAACAUCCCCCCUCCUCCCACCGCUCAGAGCCCCUUCAGCGCUUCGUGCAUCGAGGAAGACGAGCAGGAGCACGAGACCAGCAGCCAGCCCUCCAUGACCACGGAGAGUUCGGGUUCGUCGUCUCGCUGCCUCUCCGGCUCCACCGGCUCCGACAGCGGCUGCGUGUCCUCCCACCUCCAGGAAACGCUACCUGAGGAGCCCAGCCCCCCCAGCCAGCCGCCCUCUUCCUCCAGCAAACAACGCCUCAGCAGCCAGUACAUUUCAUCUAAAUCCGCUGCGGUCAUCAGUCCGGCCACCAUCGUGUGAUCAGCUCGCCUCCACGACGUCACUGUCGGUCUGCUUCCUGCCGCUGUUUCCUCCCGUUUGGCCCGGACGUCGGACUCUCGGCAGCGCCGUUCUCCUGCGCCGACCUUCAGCUGCUCUGUGCUGUAAAUAAGGACUGUUGGAGUUUGUCUCCUCACAGCUGCCGCCCUUCGUUUCUGUUAGUGUUUGUCGUGCUGACCCAGGGUCAGUCUGCGGGCGGCUCGUCGCGCUGUGAGGACGGCAGGUUUGUGUCUGUACAUGUGUGUAAAUAAACCCUCCGCUGAGCGUCUGCCGUCACUUUUUACUUGAAUAAUAAACCUGAGUUU